GCCCCGCCGGCCGCGCGCGAACAAGAACCGACCAACCUGAGCUACCACUCCGGGCCUCCGGCCUCCGCUGCCCUUUUUGACGGCCCCCGCACCCCGUCCUGGCGUCGCAAUUAUUGCCGCGGCGAAGCGACAGGUGUGGCGUCAAAGGCGUGGGUCUGACCGCGCGGCCCAUCGCCUCUACCCGCGUCGUAGCAGCUGUAGUUCUCGGUGAUGGAGCUAGUCAUGGCAGCCAUCAUAGCGUAGCCACCAUUCCUGCUUGCCAUCACUAGCUGCUCGGCCACUCGCGGCAGCACAGUCCCAUUCCGGAAAGAAACUCUUUGAUCCUCCGCCGCACCGCACAUGCGCUGCGGCUCCGGCGGCGGCGGCGGGGUUGUCGUUUGCGGUGUCUCCGGCCGCCUUGGCGGGCGGGUUUGUUUAGUGCCGGAGGCGUACCGCGCCGGAGUAAAGAAUUGGAGGCGGGUUGGAUGCUGUGCGUGCGCGCGGAGGACGCGCUGGCCGCCGCUGCAGCCGCGGCCGCGGCGUCCGACAAGAUGCGCUCCGUGACCCUGUCUGCCCCUGCUCUCUGGCUGCCUCCUGCAAUUUGCAAGCACGCUUCGUCAGGUCUUGGAGUCUUGCUCAAAGUUUGCUCUUCUUCUCUUGGUCUGCACGUGUGCAGGGGCGAGUCGAUCCAGAGGGCGGUGCGGAGGAUGGCCGGCGGCGGCGCGCCGGCGAGCUGCUCUGGGGAUGACACCAGCAUUGGCAGUGGCAAGAGGGAAGGUGGGCGAAGGUGCAGCAUUCGGCAGUACAGGUUGCAGCUGGAGCAGGAGGUUAAGAAAUUGCAAAGGCAACUCCAAGAAGAAAUUGACUUGCAUCUGGCAUUGGCGGAUGCCAUUACAUAUAACGCCGCACUGAUACUCAAGUCUUCUAUAAAGCUUCCAGACAAGGCACAUGAACUACUGAUUAGCAUAGCCUCUUUGGAAAUCGCUAUCACAAAGCUUGAGGAGGAUCUAAAUCACCUACAUUACCAGUUAUGCCAUGCAAGGAAUGAAAGGCUACUUGCAGAGAAUAAUCCAGGAUGCUUGCUACCUACAUCAUCAGAUUGCCAACCCUCCACAGCUUGCGACUGUACAGGGGAAGAACAUGUAUCAAUGUUAAGAGAUUUGGGGUUCAGAUAUUAUCACUCAAUGGAAGAAGAUUUUUCUACUGAACCUGAAGAUCUACAGGAUGACGGAAAAGACAGUGAGGAUAGAGAGCGGGUAACUCUAAAUAGGCUGCUAGAAAAGCACAGAGAUGUUUCUUUAACUGGAUUGUUGGAACACCGAAAAGAAGAGAUGCAAGAGGCAUGCUCUAUGAAAAAAGAAAGCAAAGAAGAUCAGAAUAUAGAUGCAAUACCAUUUAGCCAAUCGAAUUUGAAGAAAAGCAGCACGGGUGGAAAUGUGUGGAAUAAUCCAAAUGAGCUAUCUGAAGAGAUGGUGCGCUCCAUGAAAGAUAUCUUCCUUCACUUAUCGGCAUCUUCCAAGAUAUCACCAAAGGCAACUUUUGCUAAUUCAUCUUCAUCAGCAGAGCGUCUAUCUGGUUCAACAUUGACAUCUUUAUCAGAUUCAUCAGUAAUAGCCUCAGUGUUGCGUAGUCCUUCAAUUGACUUGCACCACGAUGAUGUUGAUGAAGUUAAAAUCUUUGACCCAUACAAUGUUAACGGGAAGGAAGCCCGGAGAGACAUUGGAAGCUAUUGUUCAGUAACUGAAGUGUCUUGGAUGUAUAUUGUCAAUGAACAAUUUCAAUAUGCAUCUGGAGCUCUGAAGAAGUUCAGGUUUCUUGUGGAGCAACUAUCACAGGUUGACCCUUCUUCUAUGAACUGUGAUGAACGGUUAGCAUUUUGGAUUAAUUUGUACAAUGCAUUAAUAAUGCAUGCAUACUUGGCAUAUGGUGUCCCUGAAAAUGACAUCAAGCUUUUCUCGCUAAUGCAAAAGGCCUGUUACACGGUCGGUGGGCAGACUGUUAGUGCAGCUGAAAUUGAGUUUGUGAUUUUGAAGAUGAAGACUCCAGUGCACCGGCCACAGCUUUCCUUGAUGCUGGCCCUUCACAAAUUUAAAACUUCAGAGAAGCUCAAAAAAUAUUCAAUAGAUGAUACUGAGCCCCUUGUGCUCGUUGCACUCUGUUGUGGGAUGUUCUCUUCACCUGCAGUACGGAUUUUCUCUGCUGCAAAUGUUCGACAGGAGCUUCAAGAAUCAAUGAGAGACUACAUCCGAGCAUCAGUUGGUAUAAAUGACAAAGGAGAGCUUAUAGUCCCAAAGCUACUGCAGAGCUAUGCCAAGGGCAUUGUGGAGGACUCUCUGCUUGCUGACUGGAUCUGCCGUCAUCUAACCCCGGACCAAAUCGCUGCGAUCCAAGAUACUUCAUCUUCGCACAAGCAGCGUCUCCUAGGAGUUCGCAGUUUUAGCGUUAUCCCAUUCGAUUCAAGAUUUCGGUACCUGUUCUUGUCCGAAAAUGUUAGGUGCCAGAACUGAAACAAUCCGCAUUGGAUAUGUGCAGAAAGUAACAAGAGUGGGCAUUUUUGACAUAGUGAAAACUGAAAAGAUUAGCUGUUGUACAUUUUGUAAAUUUUUGGGGUGAUUAUGAUUCUUCUCUGUAUGUAUAAUUCUUAAGUUUUGUACUAUAAGUAGCCAA